GCCGAAGAGGCUGGGCGGGGUUCCGUGGAGGCUGCAAGGGACCCGGAGCCCAGGACUGGGACCGCGGGGCGGUUUUUAUAUUUUUAGGAGAGACGGGGUUUCACCAUGUUGGCUAGGAUGGUCUCGAUCUCUUGACCUUGUGAUCCGCCUGCCUUGGCCUCCCAAAGUGCUGGGAUUACAGGCCCAGUUUCUUUUAACUGCAAAACAGGGAUGAUAUAAUACUUUUAUCUAUCUUGUGAGGCGAGGAUGAAGAUUAAAUAAGGUAGUUUGUGUAAAGCACUUAGAACCGAGCUAGCUAUUAAUAGUAGAGAAUCUUGGCAGGUACUACUGAUGAUUACUGCAGUAGACCACAAGCUCCAUACAGGCAGGGGUCAUUUCCGUUUGUUUAGAUUUGUAUGCAGGGUGCUUGGCACAAGGGUUGUGCUCAGGAAAUACUUGUUGGAUGAAUGAAUGAAGUGGAGAUAAUAGUAAUACCAUGUUUAUAGAAUUCCAUGAGGAUAUAAAAUAAUGCAAGUAUGUAAGCUCUUGGUAGAGUGUCUAGCACAUAGUAGGUGGUCAAUAAAUAUUCAGUGACUGAAUGAGUAAAGUGGGGACAAUAGUAAUACCCGCUCAUGAGGUUGUCGUAGGGAUAUAAGGCAACCCUGUAGUACCUUGUAGAAUGCCUAGCACAUAGUAGGGGCUCAGAAAAUAUUUGUUGAAUGAAUGAGUGAAGUAGGGAUGACGUUAACACCAGCUCCUAGGGUUGUUGCGGGGAUAGAAGAUAAGACAGGUCUAUAGCAUGUUGUAUUGUGGUUGUACAUGGUAGACACUCCGUUGAUCGAAACUGGAAGAGCUGCCAUGAGUUUCUUUCUCCUGGGGAUUAGGAGAGGGUCCUUUUGGGGUGCAGAAUGGUGUGGAGCUGACGCUAGUCCUCUGGAAGGAAGAGUGAGCAGCUGACUACUUGCUAAGCUCUGACCGGGAUGAAAAGUCGAAUCGUUCCUUUCUCUCUUCCUCCCAAACCUGUGCUUCUUUCCACUACAAUCCUUGCCCGUAGUCCAGCGCCUCCUUCCUGUCCAGGAUCACCUUCUGGUGGAUCACAGGGUUGAUUGUCCGGGGCUACCGCCAGCCCCUGGAGGGCAGCGACCUCUGGUCCUUAAACAAGGAGGACACGUCGGAACAAGUCGUGCCUGUUUUGGUAAAGAACUAGAAGAAGGAAUGUGCCAAGACUAGGAAGCAGCCGGUGAAGGUCGUGUACUCCUCCAAGGAUCCUGCCCAGCCGAAAGAGAGUUCCAAGGUGGAUGCGAAUGAGGAGGUGGAGGCUUUGAUUGUCAAGUCCCCACAGGAGUGGAACCCCUCCCUGUUUAAGGUGUUAUACAAGACCUUUGGGCCCUACUUCCUCAUGAGCUUCUUCUUUAAGGCCAUCCACCACCUGAUGAUGUUUUCCGGGCGGCAGAUCUUAAAGUUGCUCAUCAAGUUUGUGAAUGACACGAAGGCCCCAGACUGGCAGGGCUACUUCUACACCGUGCUGCUGUUCAUCACUGCCUGCCUGCAGACCCUCGUGCUGCACCAGUACUUCCACAUCUGCUUCGUCAGUGGCAUGAGGAUCAAGACCGCUGUCAUUGGGGCUGUCUAUCGGAAGGCCCUGGUGAUCACCAAUUCAGCCAGAAAAUCCUCCAUGGUCGGGGAGAUCAUCAACCUCAUGUCUGUGGACGCUCAGAGGUUCAUGGACUUGGCCACGUACAUUAACAUGAUCUGGUCAGCCCCCCUGCAAGUCAUCCUUGCUGUCUACCUCCUGUGGCUGAACCUGGGCCCUUCUGUCUUCGCUGGAGUGGCGGUGAUGGUCCUCAUGGUGCCCGUCAAUGCUGUGAUGGCGAUGAAGACCAAGAUGUAUCAGGUGGCCCACAUGAAGAGCAAAGACAAUCGGAUCAAGCUGAUGAACGAAAUUCUCAAUGGGAUCAAAGUACUAAAGCUUUAUGCCUGGGAGCUGGCAUUCAAGGACAAGGUGCUGGCCAUCAGGCAGGAGGAGCUGAAGGUGCUGAAGAAGUCUGCCUACCUGUCAGCCGUGGGCACCUUCACCUGGGUCUGCACGCCCUUCCUGGUGGCCCUGUGCACAUUUGCCGUCUACGUGACCAUUGACAAGAACAACAUCCUGGAUGCCCAGACAGCCUUCGUGUCUUUGGCCUUGUUCAACAUCCUCCGGUUUCCCCUGAACAUUCUCCCCAUGGUCAUCAGCAGCAUCGUGCAGGCGAGUGUCUCCCUCAAACGCCUGAGGAUCUUUUCUCCCAUGAGGAGCUGGAACCUGACAGCAUCGAGCGACGGCCUGUCAAAGACGGUGUGUGUGUGUUCGGUCCUCGUUUCUGGAAGUGGCCGCCUUCCCAUCUCUCCACUGGGUCCUCCCUACUUGCAUUUCUUUGCCUUGGCUGCCCUCAGGCGGGGGCAUGAACAGCAUCACCGUGAGGAAUGCCACAUUCACCUGGGCCAGGGGCGACCCUCCCACGCUGAAUGGACGCGGAUCUUGGUCAUGCACAGCAUGAGCUACUUGCCACAGGUGGAUGUCAUCAUCGUCAUGAGUGGCGGCAAGAUCUCUGAGAUGGGCUCCUACCAGGAGCUGCUGGCCCAAGAUGGCGCCUUCGCUGAGUUCCUGCGUACCUGUGCCAGCACAGAGCAGGAGCAGGACCCAGAGGAGAACGGCUCAUAGGCGGAAGGACUUGCGUUGUCUCAGAUGAGACUUUGGACUGUAGACUUUUGGGUUAAUGCUGAAAUGAGGUGAGACUUUGGAGAACUGUUGGAAAGGCAUGAUUGGUUUUGAAAUGUGAGGACAUGAAAUUUGGGAGGGGCCUGGGGCAGAAUGAUAUGAUUUGGCUGCGUCCCCACCCAAAUCUCAACUUGAACUGUAUCUCCCAGAAUUCCCACGUGUUGUGGGAGGGACCCAGGGGGAGGUAAUUGAAUCAUGGGGCCAGUAUUUUUCAUGAUAUUCUCGUGAUAGUGAAUAAGUCUCAUGAGAUCUGAUGGGUUUAUCAGGGGUUUCUACUUUUGCUUCUUCCUCAUUCUCUCUUGCCCACUGCCCUGUAAGAAGUGCCUUUCACCCUCUACCAUGAUUGUGAGACCUUCCCUGGCCACGUGGACUCUAAGUCCAAUUAAACCUCUUUCUUUUGUAAAUUGCCCAGUCUUGGGUAUGUCUUUAUCAGUACCAAAUGGACUAAUACACCAUCCCUCAACCAACAUGAGGCCACAGCCUUCGCACCUCAAAAUCACCAAGCCCAGCCUCCAGUUACCAAAACUGAUUAAUCAGACAAGGAAGAUCUUAAGCUCCACACUCUUCAUCCAUAUCAUGGGACUACCACAGGAAACAUUGCCUGGUUCGGGUCACACAAGCAUGCCUUUGCCCCAAUUUUGACGUAAGAGCACCGAUGAUUUUCUUCUUCUGUUCUGACUCUCAGGCCUUUUUUUGGACAGUGGUGCUGACUCCAUCCCCUGCUCCCAUUGGUUGAAUGUGACUCAGGCUGGACCAAUCAGAGCCUUGCAUUCCCCUGGCCAUAGUGAUUGGUUCCAGAUCAAGCCACACCUAAAUCCAUGCCCUAAACUCUUCUGUCACUUGAGCUUAUACAUUUCCUCUUUGCUUAAGCAGUUUUGGGUUGGGUUUGCUGUCGCGUGCAACCAUAACAGCGCUGAAGAUUUAUCCGCACAGAGCCUGGUGCCUGUGAGGGUGUGCCCGUAUAAGGCCAGCUGCCAAGAAGACACGAGCCUAGCAUCCAGCCUUGAGUUUGUAUGCAACUGCGUUGACUGGAGACUUCUGAUGAGAGAAGAGGCCUCUAGGAGACAGGCUAGGGUGGGAAGCGUUACGACAGGGUAGGUCUGUGAGGUGCCAUCAGCAGCCUCCAAACCUGCCCCAGAGCCACCAGUCUGCCUCUGCGGGCCUCUCUCUGACUCCCUUCCAAUCUCUGCCCUUUCUGCAGCUGUCUUCCCUCCAUUGUCAUAAAUACAAUCGUGUAGCCAAGUAAGUCCAGACUAAGCCAGCUCUUUCUCAUCCAUACCCAGGGCUCUGCAAUCUGCUUUCUUCUCCUUCUCCCUUUGCAGCCCAUAAUUGUGAUGAUCUUCCCCACACACCAAAGUCCACUGCUGUCUCAGAACCUCACCCCAGACCCUCUGGAGCCCUUGCCUUAACAGUCAGCCCCUCACUGACCACCCUUAGCUGAGGCUGAGGAUCCCUGACACAUAGCAGUUCUCCACUCUGGUGGUGCCCUAGAAUCACUUGAAAAGGUUGGACAAAACACUGAGGCCUGGCCAGGUGCAGUGGCUCAUGCCUGUAAUCCCAGCACUUUGGGAGGCCGAGGUGGUUGGAUCACGAGAUCAGGAGAUCAAGACCAUCCUGGCUAACACGGUGAAACUCCGUCUCUACUAAAAAUACAAAAAAUUAGCCGGGUGUGGUGGCAGGCGCCUGUAGUUCCAGCUACUCGGGAGGCUGAGGCAGGAGAAUGGCGUGAACCCGGCAGGCAGAGCUUGCAGUGAGCCAAGAUCAUGCCACUGCACUCCAGCCUGGGCAACAGAGCGAGACUCUGUCUCAAAAACAAAAACAAACAACAACAACAAAAAAAAACACUGAGGCCUGGGCCCCAUUUGCAGCUCUUCUGAUUUAAUGCUCAUGAGUAGGGCCCAGGCAACACGAUUUUGUAAAAUUCCCCAGAUGAUUCUAAGGUGCAGGAUCAACCUAAGGUCACCUAAGGUGUUGAUCUUUGCAUCAGUUUUCCUAGUAGCUCCAAAUGGGAGACAAAAUAAAUAUUCAUCAACAGUAGAAUUGCUAAAUAAAUUGUGAUCUCAUCAUACAAAAUAAUUCUAUAAAACAUAGAGAAUAACACCGAAAUGCAACAAAUUAAUGAAUCUCAAGUUUAAGAAAGAAGUUUAAGAAAAAGAAUUGAAACACACAAAUGUUAUAUUACAGUGUUUUAUUUAUAUAAAUUGCAAACUCCAUUAAUUAGUAUUAGAAGUUAGAAUGUUGAAUAAUAUUUUAGGAAGGUAAUGGUUAGGAAACUUAAAAAUAACCAGGAUAAGAUACAGGAAGAAUUGCAAUGAAGGAGAGAAAUUAUGAGUUUUUUUCAUGAAGAAGAGAAUUAUAUAUGUAUUUUUUAAUAUUUUAACGUGUAAGGAAAGACGUUUGAAAUAGAUAAAUUCAAUUUUAUGCCUAAUUUUUCAAAUGUGUAUAUAUAUAAUUUAUGAUAAGUUAAUAUCAAUCAACAUUAAGACAUAAACAUGCUUUUUUGUUAUUAUACUUUAAGUUCUGGGGUACAUGUGCAGAAUGUGCAGGUUUUUUACAUAGGUAUACAUGUGCCAUGGUGGUUUGCUUCACCCCUCAACCCGUCAUCUACAUUAGGUAUUUAUCCUAAUGCUAUCCCUCCCCUGGCUCCCCACCCCCCGACAGGCCCCGGUGUGUGAUAUUCCCCUACCUGUGUCCAUGUGUUCUCAUUUUUCAACUUCCACUUGUGAGUGAGAACAUGCAGCGUUUGAUUUUCUGUUCUUGUGUUAGUUUGCUGAGAAUGAGGGCUUCCAGCUUUAUCCACGUCCCUGCAAAAAACCAUGAACUCAUUCUUUUUAUGGCUGCAUAGUAUUCCAUGGUGUAUAUGUGCCACAUAUUUUUUUUUAACAGUCUGUGAAGAGAUUCACAGAAUAUUACAUUUAAAGACCUGUAUUUACCUCCUCAUCUCUCCUGUGUAACACAAUCUUAAACUACAAAGGAAAAGACAAGGAAUGUCAUUGCCCUUGGGACAUUGGUAAAACUAAUUGAACUUUGGAAAUGGGAAAAGAAAAAAGAGGAAAAAAAAUAUGUGGAGUAUUUAGACCUACAUCUGAAGGUGGGACAGGAUCAUUAAGAAGGUUCCAGCCAGGCGCGGUGGCUGAUGCCUGUAAUCCCAGCAUUUUGGGAGGCUGAGGCAGGCGGAUCACCAGGUCUGGAGAUUGAGACCAUCUUGGCUUUCGUCUCUACUAAAAAUAUAUAAAAAAAAAUUAACUGGGCAUGGUGGCUGGUGCCUGUAGUUCCAGCUAACUCGGGAGGCUGAGGCAGGAGAAUGGCGUGAAUCCGGGAGGUGGAGUUUGCAGUAAGCCAAGAUCGUGCCACUGCACUCCAGCCUGGGCAUCAGAGCGAGACUCCAUCAAAACAAAACAAAAAAAAAGAUUCCAACCAUGAAGACCCAGAAACAGUGUCAACCUAUGACUGAGCUUCAUGAGAAUGACACAGAAUCCUUCUCCAUCCCCACCCCCAACUAGGCUCACAAGUGUUGAGUAACAGGUCAAAGCAAUGUCUUCUGGGGGACUGAACAGAAUUUGGAAGGAAACUUAAAUGGGAGGAUACAGCAGAUAAUUGAGAAAUACUGCUGAACCAGUCCAACCUGAAACAGAAAGUAAUGCUAGAUGAGCAUGAAACUUAUGGUGCCCUGGAAAUAACUCUUAAGAGGAAAAAGUCCCAAAACCAAAUCAACUCCUGACUAGAUUGAUUCAACCUCCUCCCCCAAAACACACACAUACAGCCUAGUAAAAGGGAACACAGGUGGGUUUUGCUUUCUAUAUUAGUCUACUCUACAUAGUUCACUUUUUGAGUAAAACUUACCAGACAUGUAUAGAAACAGAAAAGAUACAUAAAGGAAACACUGUUAAGAGACUAAGCAAUAAAUAAAGCCAGAUUCAAUGUGGCAGAGGUGUUGGAAUUAUCUUUCAAGUAGAUCUUAUGCGUACUGUUCUAGAGGCCCUUAGUAGGGUAUAAAGCCCCUUUUUUAUUAUACGUACAUGACAAGAGUGUCAUGUAUCCUCUUAUAUAAAAGAUAUUUCCAAUUCACAUUCAUCUCCACACUGGCAGUUGCAUUUUUUGACACUUUACAAAUAUUAGUCCACUGUCUUAUACUUACAUUUAUGAUUUAUGAUCGUGGAGCAGUCUGUUGUCAUUCUAGGAAGUGUUCCCUCACAAUGAAACAGUUUAUUUUGGCUGCUUUUAAGAGAUUCUUCAUCUUUGGUGGUGGUUUCAAACUUAAAAUAUCAUAAUGAAUCACCCACCAAAGACAGAGAAAUACUAAAAAUCAGCCAAAAUAUAUUGUUUUGCACAUUCAAAACAAAGUAAAUUUAUGUUUUCCACAUCCAAAAUGGGGAUUGUUUGGCUUCCUGAAUUCAAUAAUGUGUUUAUUUACUCUGAAAAAAUUAUCAAACAUUAUAUCCUACUCUCCUCACCUUCUCCACUUAGCUCCACUUUGUGCUACAGUCAGUCAUACAUUAUGCUGUUUAUAAAGGACAUACGUGAUACUCUCAUCCUCCAUAUGUCACUAUUACUCUCCUAGUUUACCUCUAUUUGUCUGUCUGUGAAGCCCUCAUGACAGUUUUUUACAUCUAUUAUCCAAUUCACAUUUUCUGCAGCUUCAUUUAAGUUGCUAAGCAAAGUUUUCACUAAACAGCAAAUUUUACUUAUUUCACUUUUUAUUAAUAUAAAUUAUAAUUUUGGUCGGGCGCGGUGGCUUACGCCUGUAAUCCCAGCACUUUGGGAGGCCGAGGGGGGCGGAUCACGAGGUCAGGAGAUCGAGACCAUCCUGGCUAACACAGUGAAACCCCGUCUCUACUAAAAAUACAAAAAAUUAGACGGGCGCCGUGGCGGGCGCCUAUAGUCCCAGCUACUUGGGAGGCUGAGGCAGGAGAAUGGCGUGAACCCGGGAGGCGGAGCUUGCAGUGAGCCGAGAUGGCGCCACCGCAGUCCGGCCUGGGCGAAAGAGCGAGACUCCGUCGCAAAAAAAAAAAAAAAAAAAAAAAAAAAAAAAAAUAUAUAUAUAUAUAUAUAUAUAUAUAUAUAAACUAUAAUUUUUAUUCUUCAAUGACUGGAAAAUGUGAAAAAAGUCAUGUAUAUAUUUUAUAUAUUUACAUAUGUAUGUGUUAUAUAGACAUACACAAAAUUGCUAUUGGUAACGGUGGUUUUCAUAGGAGCCUACAGCUACUGGAGAUUUCAUUUUUCCUUAAAGAUAUUAUAUUUCCUUAAAAAUAUUGUCUUAAAGAUAUUCUAUUUCUUAAUUUGUAAUAAAGAUAAUUCUUAUGCUUUUAUUAAAAACAUAAAUUAAUAUGCUGGGUGCAGUGGCUCACGUCUGUAAUUUCAGCUCUUUGAGAAAAUGAGGCAAAACGAUCACUUAAGCCUAGCAGUUUAAGGCUGCAGUGAGCUGUGAUUCCACCACCACACUCCAGCCUGGACUACAGAGCCAGAAUAUAUAUAUAUAUAUAUAUAUAUAUAUAUAUAUAUAUAUAUGCAUUGACAGUGAUAUAUAUAUAUGCCUUGACAGUAAUAUAUAUAUAUAUAUGCAUUGACAGUAAUACAUUAAUACAUUAAAACCUAGAUCAAGUCUUAAAAGCAACAGCAAAGUGCAUUUCCAGUCUAGUUCAGUGACUAUUAGAAUUAAAGCCAACUGGCCGGGCGCAGUGGCUCACGCUUGUAAUCCCAGCACUUUGGGAGGCCGAGGCUGGCGCAUCACGAGGUCAGGAGAUCGAGACCACGGUGAAACUCCGUCUCUACUAAAAAUACAAAAAAUUAGCCAGGCGUGGUGGCGGGCACCUGUAGUCCCAGCUACUCAGAGAGGCUGAGGCAGGAGAAUGGCGUGAACCCGGGAGGCGGAGCUUGCAGUGAGCCGAGAUUGUGCCACUGCACUCCAGCCUGGGUGACAGAGCGAGACUCUGUCUCAAAAAAAAAAAAAAAAAAAAGAAUUAAAGCCAACUUCAGGCAAAACAUUUCCAAAAACAUAAGACAAAAAAAAAGAAAAAGGAGAAAAAAUAUGCCAGACUUUUGAAGACAUUUAUUAAAAUCAUAAAUUGAUGGUAUCCUCUUUCCCAUCUUUUGAUGAGUAAAAUAUUAAAGUACUCCAAAAAUUAUCUACAAAUUUCGUAUUUGAGGGUUCAUUUGUUGUAAACUCAGUGGUUCUUGAUGAGGGGAAGUUUAAAGUGUGUUUAUGGAGAUUAGGCAAGGUGUUGAAUCAAUCAUUUCCCCUCUUCUGGUGAAAUCUAAUCAAGAACCCUAAUGGCUAUCCCAAACGCCAAGAAAUGUACAACCUUUUCAAAAUGAGUGUGAUUUUUCAGAGAUUCAAUAUAAAGAGGUACAAGGAGCCAAGCUCAUUCUACUCUGGGACACACAGAGUGGCUUUGGAACUGGCUGUGAAAUUGUCUGAAAGCUACUACCACUAUAUGGCGAGGCCCUGAUCCCUGAUCAGACUUUAUAUUAUUACUUCUACAGCAAGUAUCAGUGAGACCAUAAGUAUAUUUCUAGGGUGAGAACACAGCUAACAGAGGAGGAGUUCCUGCUACUUUUCCAAUCCCAAACAGACUGCCCUACGUUUAAUUUUUCAACAAACUGAGCUUGUUUCUAUGAAAUGAUGUCAUUUGCUUAAUUAGUAAAAAUGUUUUUACUCUUAUUUUGUUAUCUUGUCUUCCUACAUACUUGUGAACUACAGUGAAGCUUAAUUUUGCUUGUAUCAUUUAUGUAUUCAUUAGUUGUUCCUAUGUAUUCUAAGAACUCAGAAAAUAGUUUUCAGAUAUCUUGCAAUUUUAUACUUCUUGUAUAUCCUAAAUUUUAUUGAGAAUAUUUUAUUCCAUAUAUUGUGCAUAAAUGUAUUACCUUCAAUUCUAAAGGUGGCACAUAAAUAUAUGCACAAGACAAAAUAUUCUAUAACAUACAACUUAGGUAAUAUGUUGAAUAAUUUGAGGGUAAUAUUGUGUUUUAGAGUAUACUAAAUGCCUCUUUAGCAUUUUUGGGUGAAAUCUGAUCAAAUUUCACAAUGUUCAAUAAAUAAAUAUUGCUUAUUAUUUAGAAAUUAUUUUGCAGUGCUGGCUUGUGAUUGAGAUUUUUCAAAAUACUUUAAAGGAGAAAAUUAUGACAUCAAAAUGAAAUAAUGAGAGUAAAAUCUCAGUGAAAUACCGAUUCCUAAACCAAUCACUUUUUUUCUUUUGUACUAAAUCAAUCUUUCCUAAACCAAUCACAAUGAGCAUUAAGAAUGGUUUUCAGAGUAUUCAGGACGCAUUGUCUAGUGGUAUAAAUUGGUCCUAACUUCAUACUCUUAAACCUCAAGCUUUUUGGAGUAAAGUCAAAACUCAACAAAAUUGAGGUUUCUUUUCUUCUUUUCUUUCUUUUCUUUUCUUUUCUCCUUCCUUCCUUCCUUCCUUCCUUCCUUCCUUCCUUCCUUCCUUCCUUCUUUUUCUUUCUUUUUGUGACAGGUAUUGUUUUAUUGCCCAGGCUGAAGAGCAGUGGCUCAAUCUCAGCUGACUGCAAACUCAGGGUUCAAGCAAUUCUUCUGCCCAGUCCCCUGAGUGACUGGGAUUACAGGCAUGUGCCACUACUCCUGGCUGAUUUUUGUAUUUUUAGUAGAGAUGGGGUUUCCCCAUAUUGGCCAGGCUGGUCUCCAACCUGGUCUACCGGACAUGGCAUCCCAAAGUGCUGGGAUUACAGGUGUAAGCCGCCAUAUCUGGCCUCUCUGAGGUUCAUUUUUCUAUGCAAAAGAAAAGGGUAGGAUGUAGUGCCCUGUGUUAUGCAUGCAUCUGACAAUUUUACCUACAGAUCUGAGAGCUCUCUUUGUGCCUCAGGUUCUAUUUUUGUCUUAUGCAAAAUAAAGCAUAUUCUACUCUAGACCGAAGUUUAUCAUUGAGUCACAACCUGAGUCAAAUUUUGCUUUGGUCUUUGUUUCUCCAGGGCAUAAGAUUAAUAAGUUUGAAUCAUACCUUUCCUAAUUUCC